AUCCAAGAGAUAAAACGGUUUGACAGCAGCAAGUGGAGUCGUCUAUGUCUCUGGAGUUGGGGGGUAUAGAUUCAGCAUCCUCAGCAUCCUUCAAAAAAAAAUACUGUAACUAGUUUUCAUUGACUGAAGUAAUCGGCUGAGACAUAUCUGUCAGUCAUGGCAGCCUACAAAUUAGUGCUGAUUCGUCACGGAGAGAGCAACUGGAACCAGGAGAAUCGCUUCUGUGGGUGGUUUGAUGCAGAUCUGAGCGAAACAGGUGAAAAGGAGGCGAAGAGAGGAGGACAGGCCCUAAAAGAUGCUAGCUUUGAGUUUGACAUUUGCUACACCUCCGUGCUGAAGCGGGCCAUCAGGACACUGUGGCUGGUUUUGGACAGCAUUGACCAGAUGUGGGUGCCUGUUCAUCGGACAUGGCGGCUCAACGAGCGUCACUACGGAGGCCUGACGGGGCUAAAUAAGGCAGAGACUGCUGCCAAGCACGGAGAGGCUCAGGUGAAGAUCUGGAGGCGCUCAUUUGAUAUCCCACCUCCUCACAUGGGUCCAGACCACGACUACUACACUAUCAUCAGCAAGGAUCGUCGUUAUGCAGACCUGACUGACGACCAGCUUCCUUCCUGUGAGAGCCUUAAGGACACCAUUGCACGGGCGCUGCCCUUCUGGAACGAGGAGAUCGCCCCUCAGAUCAAGCAGGGAAAGCGGGUGCUGAUCGCCGCCCAUGGAAACAGUCUGAGAGGGAUUGUCAAGCACUUGGAGGGAAUGUCAGAUGAAGACAUCAUGGAGCUGAACCUGCCAACAGGGAUCCCUAUCCUUUAUGAGCUCGAUAAAAACUUGAAGCCAGUAAAGCCAAUGCAAUUCCUUGGAGACGAGGAGACUGUACGCAAAGCCAUGGAGGCUGUUGCUGCUCAGGGAAAGGCCAAGAAGUGAAAAACACCAUGAAAGCUCCCUUUGUGUUCGAUGGAACAGGUUGUCCCUAACAGCUGGCCUCAGAUUAGUGUUUCCUCUAAAUCCUGAUUUAUUUUAAGUUGUAAUAUGUGAUGAAUAUACUGUAGUUUGCUGUCUGUUUGUACAGUACAGGGGAGCAGUAGACAGUAAAUGACUGAUAAACAUUAGAGCCAUGGGGGGCAUGACUUUCAAGAGAUUGUAAAUAUUUUUGCCUAAAUAUUACAUUAUAAUCUUAUAUUAUAGCCUUUACAGUGCAAGUAUUGAAAGAGAAUUAGCAAUGCCGUCAAAAAAGACAAUAACUAGAAUAUGUAAUUUAUAUCCUUUUGCACUAAUGACAGAAUUAUAACACUUUGUUUUUGUUGUUACAUGAAACAAGUCGUUGGCUGUGACAUCGUUAAAGCAAAUGGCUGUGAUAUUUGAAUGCCUUUAAAUAGUAAAAAGGAAAGAUUUUAGUCUUUCCUCCAUGUCUUUCCUCCAGGAGGAAAGAUUUUAGUCUUUCCUCCAUGUUGAGGAAAGACUAAAAUCCAUGUAUCCAUUUUAUGCUGCAGGCAAUUCCAAGGUUAGCAAUACUAUUUACAUGAAGAGAUGAGGUCUCUGUUGGCCUCACAUACAAUACUUCUACUUUAUUUUGGUGAGAGACUGGCAGCGGUAAAGAAAUUAUACCUGUUUAGAUGGCAUUGUUAUUUCUCUGGGUGACCUAGGAUACUGGGAUAUUGUAGGAUAUUAGAAAUUAAUUUAAAAUAUAGAUUUACUGUAUUUUUUUUACAUAAAUAGUACCACCAAAGUGUACAGAAGUUAUUUUCUAGGUCAUUAAUUUCAUACUUUCCACUAAUAACGGGAUGUAAUUUUACAAUCUCUUGAGAGCAGGAUGGGAUGAUAAGGAAAGACUAACAGUCCUUUUCUCUUAUUUUGCUUGUCUAUGAUUGAAAUAUAUGCUGUCUCCUUCUAUGUUGUUGCUGUCUGUGUUAUUUGUUGACAUUUUGAAUGGUGCUAUGCUGUGUGUUUUGCACCAUACAUGUGAUCAAUCCACUGUUUAGACAAUGAUAUUGUGACAAAUGAAUUAUAGGAAUAAAGAUAAAAGGUCUAAAUUUA